UGGCAAACGGACGAAUCAGCACCGCAGCGUUGGCCUUGUUUGCUUUCUCAAUCCGCUCCACAAGAUCCUUUUCAAUAAAUCAAACUUCGUUGACUCGUAAAACCGCAGUCCACUGCCCUUUCCUUCUUCGUCCACGUUUACUUCAUACUACUAGUACUGUACUCAUGGCUACACCAAAGGCGGGAGUCGCCUCCCCCGAAGAGCUCAGCAAUUUUGUCGCCGCGGCAGGCGAUAGCCUCGUCGUUAUCGACACGCGCAAUCCCGAUGCCGAGGCGGAACCCGGUGAUCAGAAAUCCUUCGCUGUUUCGGGACUGCCCUCCCAGACGCACCGCCCUCAAGCGAUCAAUUUGAUCUGGGAUCGCUCCUCGGAUUCCAUGCCCUUGCCUGAUUUGGAGAAGGACACACCAAUCAUUACUCACUGCGGAGGCGGGGGACGCGGACAGAAAGCCAAGGAAUUUCUCGAGAAGAACGGCUUUACGACUGUCAUAAAUGGAGGCGGGCCAAAAGAAGCAGAAUGUUGGAAUGAGUUUGGAGGAAAAUAAGAGUUGCUUGGAAUCAACUCCAAAUGCUUUGACAAAAACGAUAGGCGCAGGUAAAAUAAAGCCAUUAUGUAAUUACAUGGGUAAUAUUCUG